AUGAUGUGCGCCUGGGGGAGGCUCCCCCUGGCCCUGGGGCUGCUGCUGAUGCUGUCGGGCGAGGCGGCGCCGCAGCCGUGCCCGGCGCAGUGCUCCUGCUCAGGGAGCACGGUGGACUGUCACGGGCUGGCGCUGCGCGGCGUCCCGAGGAACAUCCCCCGCAACACUGAGCGGCUGGACCUUAAUGGAAAUAACAUCACCAGAAUCACCAAGACUGACUUUGCUGGUCUAAGGCACCUUCGAGUUCUUCAGCUCAUGGAGAACAAGAUUAGCACUAUUGAGAGAGGAGCAUUCCAGGAUUUAAAAGAACUGGAGCGGCUGCGCCUAAACAGAAAUAACCUCCAGUUGCUUUCUGAGCUGCUCUUUCUGGGGACGCCGAAGUUAUACAGGCUUGAUCUUAGUGAAAAUCAGAUUCAAGCCAUACCCAGGAAGGCAUUUCGUGGAGCAGUAGACAUAAAAAAUCUGCAACUGGAUUACAACCAGAUCAGCUGUAUUGAAGAUGGGGCAUUUAGGGCUCUACGCGACUUGGAAGUGCUCACUCUCAACAACAAUAACAUCACUCGAUUAUCCGUCGCAAGUUUCAAUCAUAUGCCCAAACUCAGAACAUUUCGCCUGCACUCCAACAACCUCUACUGCGACUGCCACCUGGCCUGGCUGUCAGACUGGCUGCGGCAGCGACCCCGUGUAGGCUUGUACACUCAGUGCAUGGGCCCGGCACACCUGCGGGGCCACAAUGUGGCUGAGGUCCAGAAACGAGAGUUCGUCUGCAGUGGUCACCAAUCAUUUAUGGCUCCAUCCUGCAGUGUCUUGCAUUGUCCUGCUGCAUGCACCUGUAGUAACAACAUUGUGGACUGUCGUGGGAAAGGCCUUACUGAAAUUCCAACAAAUCUUCCAGAAACCAUUACUGAAAUACGGCUAGAACAAAAUUCAAUCAAAGUCAUACCUCCUGGAGCUUUCUCACCCUAUAAAAAACUUCGAAGAAUUGACCUGAGCAAUAACCAGAUCUCUGAAGCAGCUCCAGAUGCUUUCCAGGGCUUACGUUCUCUCAAUUCACUUGUCCUCUAUGGCAAUAAAAUUACAGAACUUCCAAAAGGCCUAUUUGAAGGACUGUUUUCUCUGCAAUUGCUAUUAUUAAAUGCCAACAAGAUCAAUUGCCUGCGAGUUGAUGCUUUCCAAGAUCUGCACAACUUGAAUCUUCUAUCUUUGUAUGACAACAAGCUUCAGACUAUUGCAAAAGGCACCUUUUCACCUCUACGUGCAAUUCAGACCUUGCAUUUGGCUCAGAACCCAUUUAUCUGUGACUGCCAUCUGAAGUGGCUGGCGGAUUAUCUUCAUACAAACCCCAUUGAGACCAGUGGUGCCCGCUGCACCAGCCCCCGCCGUCUGGCAAACAAAAGGAUCGGCCAGAUCAAAAGCAAGAAAUUCCGCUGCUCAGCUAAAGAACAGUAUUUCAUUCCAGGCACUGAAGAUUACAGAUCCAAAUUAAGUGGAGACUGCUUUGCAGAUUUGGCUUGCCCUGAGAAAUGUCGCUGUGAAGGGACCACAGUGGACUGCUCCAAUCAGAAACUCAACAAAAUUCCUGAUCACAUCCCACAGUACACAGCAGAGUUGCGACUCAAUAAUAAUGAAUUUUCAGUUCUGGAAGCUACUGGGAUCUUUAAGAAGCUUCCUCAGCUGCGAAAAAUAAACCUGAGCAAUAACAAGAUUACAGAUAUUGAAGAAGGUGCAUUUGAUGGAGCUUCUGGUGUCAAUGAACUAUUACUCACUAGCAAUCGUUUGGAAACUGUUCGAGACAAAAUGUUCAAAGGACUGGAAAGUCUUAAAACACUGAUGCUGAGGAGCAACCGUGUGAGCUGUGUGGGGAACGACAGCUUCACAGGCCUGAGCUCUGUCCGCCUGCUCUCGCUGUAUGACAACCAGAUCACUACCGUGGCACCCGGCUCCUUUGAUACCCUGCAUUCCCUCUCUACACUAAACCUCUUGGCCAAUCCCUUCAACUGCAACUGCCAUCUUGCGUGGCUUGGAGAUUGGCUGAGAAAGAAACGCAUUGUGACGGGAAACCCUCGCUGUCAGAAACCUUACUUCCUCAAAGAGAUUCCUAUCCAGGAUGUGGCAAUUCAGGAUUUUACAUGUGAUGAUGGAAAUGAUGACAAUAGCUGCUCUCCGCUGUCCCGCUGUCCUGCAGAAUGCACUUGUCUAGACACAGUUGUUCGCUGCAGCAACAAAGGCCUAAAAGCUUUGCCUAAAGGCAUCCCAAAAGAUGUAACUGAACUAUAUUUGGAUGGAAACCAGUUUACUCUUGUUCCUAAAGAGCUCUCCAACUACAAGCAUUUAACACUUAUAGAUUUAAGUAACAACAGAAUCAGCACUCUUUCUAAUCAGAGCUUCAGCAACAUGACUCAGCUGCUCACCUUAAUUCUUAGUUACAACCGCCUGAGGUGUAUCCCUGCACGGACUUUUGAUGGGUUGAAAUCACUUAGGUUGCUGUCCUUACAUGGCAAUGAUAUUUCAGUGGUUCCUGAAGGAGCUUUUAAUGAUCUUUCAGCAUUAUCACACCUCGCUAUUGGAGCAAAUCCUCUUUAUUGUGAUUGUAACAUGCAAUGGCUGUCUGACUGGGUAAAAUCAGAAUACAAAGAACCUGGUAUUGCACGAUGUGCUGGCCCUGGAGAAAUGGCAGAUAAACUUCUACUCACAACUCCAUCUAAAAAAUUUACUUGCCAAGGGCCCGUGGAUGUCAAUAUUCUUGCUAAGUGUAACCCUUGCUUAUCAAAUCCAUGUAAAAAUGAUGGAACCUGCAAUAAUGAUCCAGUUGACUUCUAUAGAUGUACUUGCCCAUACGGUUUCAAGGGUCAAGACUGUGAUAUUCCCAUUCAUGCCUGCAUUAGUAACCCUUGCAACCAUGGUGGAACUUGUCAUUUGAAAGAAGGAGAAAAAGAUGGUUUCUGGUGCACUUGUGCAGAUGGAUUUGAAGGUGAAAAUUGUGAAAUAAAUGUUGAUGACUGUGAAGACAAUGACUGUGAAAAUAAUUCUACUUGUGUGGAUGGAAUUAAUAAUUAUACUUGCCUUUGUCCACCUGAAUAUACAGCUGCUAAUCUGAAUGAAGUGGAAAAAGGUGAGCUCUGUGAGGAGAAACUAGAUUUCUGUGCUCAAAACUUGAAUCCUUGCCAGCACGACUCAAAGUGUAUCUUGACACCUAAAGGUUACAAAUGUGAUUGCACACCUGGAUAUGUAGGUGAACACUGCGAUAUUGACUUUGAUGACUGCCAGGACAAUAAAUGUAAAAAUGGAGCACAGUGUACUGAUGCAGUUAAUGGGUAUACAUGUAUUUGCCCAGAAGGAUACAGUGGCUUGUUCUGUGAGUUUUCGCCACCGAUGGUUUUACCUCGCACCAGCCCUUGUGAUAAUUAUGAAUGCCAAAAUGGAGCCCAGUGUAUUGUAAAAGAGAGUGAACCAAUCUGCCAGUGUUUAUCAGGCUACCAGGGUGAGAAAUGUGAAAAGCUGAUCAGUAUAAACUUUGUCAACAAAGAAUCUUAUCUACAAAUCCCUUCAGCUAAGAUACACUCCCAAACCAAUAUCACUCUUCAGAUUGCCACAGAUGAAGACAGUGGGAUCCUGCUCUACAAAGGCGAUAAGGAUCAUAUAGCAGUAGAGCUGUACCGUGGUAGAGUGAGGGUCAGUUAUGACACAGGAUCUUAUCCAGCCUCUGCUAUUUACAGUGUGGAAACUAUUAAUGAUGGCAAUUUCCACAUUGUGGAGCUGCUAGCCAUGGAUCAGAUUCUGUCUUUGUCUAUUGAUGGAGGAAGCCCCAAGAUAAUUACCAAUUUGUCCAAGCAGUCCACUUUGAAUUUUGAUUCUCCACUGUAUGUCGGAGGCAUGCCUGUGAAAAAUAACAUUGCAGCCCUACGCCAGUCUCCAGGACAGAAUGGCACAAGCUUCCAUGGCUGCAUCCGUAAUCUGUAUAUCAACAGCGAACUCCAGGACUUCAGAAAUGUACCGCUGCAAGUGGGAAUUCUGCCAGGUUGUGAGCCUUGUCACAAGAAAGUUUGUGUGCAUGGAACGUGCCAUGCUACCAGCCAGUCAAGCUUUUCGUGUGAGUGUGAAGGAGGAUGGACUGGACCCCUCUGUGAUCAACAAACUAAUGACCCAUGUCUCGGAAAUAAAUGUGUGCAUGGUACCUGCUUGCCGAUCAAUGCGUUUUCAUACAGUUGUAAAUGCCUGCAGGGACAUGGGGGAGUCCUCUGUGAUGAAGAGGAAAUGCUGUUUAACCCCUGCCAAUCCAUCAGGUGUAAACAUGGCAAAUGCAGGCUUUCAGGACUUGGGAAACCAUAUUGCGAAUGCAGCAGCGGAUACACGGGGGACAGCUGUGAUAAAGAAAUCUCUUGUCGAGGGGAACGAAUCCGAGAUUACUACCAAAAGCAGCAAGGGUAUGCUGCGUGCCAGACGACCAAGAAGGUAUCGAGACUAGAAUGUAAAGGGGGAUGUUCAACCGGGCAGUGCUGUGGACCACUAAGGAGCAAGAGACGGAAAUACUCUUUUGAAUGCACUGAUGGGUCGUCAUUUGUGGACGAGAUUGAAAAAGUGGUGAAGUGUGGCUGUACAAAUUGUCCCUCCUAAGUGUUCCUGUCACACUUGUCUUUUGAAAAUGUUGUAUACUUAUUGACCGUGUCGGACUAAUUAAUGCUUCAUAGUGGAAAUAUUUGAAAUAUAUUGUAAAAUACAGAACAGACUUAUUUUUAUUAUGAGAAUAAAGACUUUUUCUUCAUUUGAAAAAAGAUUCAAGUGCUUGAACUGAGACUUCUCAUAACCAAGAGGAGCUUUGAAGAAAAAAAAGACCUGGUAACAUUGCAACAGUGAUGGGAAACUUAACUACUUUUAACACGGAUUCUUCUUUAUAACAUGCUGAAGAUACACUGACACUAUACAUACGUGACUUUCAACUUAACAGCUCAGAGAUGAAAUGUUGACCAGAAAAUGAGUCUUGUUUUUUCAUUUUUGUAUCAGUAUAUUUUAUUGUCUUGACAGACCAUACCAAUCACUUACCUAUGGAUGAGAAUGCAUACAGAGAUAAUAAUUGUAUGAAGUACAUUUUAUCUUUCGGAAUUAUUAAGCAUCUUGAGAAGAUGAGGUCCCAUUUAGUGGAUGGGAAAUGGGAGAUAUGAGAAUAUACUAUAAUCCUGAAAUCUCCUGAUGAUGUAAACUUUUAUGUCAGCAUGUUAACAAAAGAAGCAUACAAAAAGUGUUUAUCUGCCCUUUUCCAGUAUUAAUUUUUUGUAAUAUAAAUGUUUGGGGGAUGAUAAAAAUAGAUUAUUGAUGGAUAAAUUAGUAAUAAUAUGGAUUUCUGUUUCUAUGAGUUCUAAAAACAACUCUAUACAGUAUUCGGUUUCAUUGAGAAAUAUUUAUUGUAUCGAAGUACAUUGUACUUAACCCUCCUAGGUCAUCCCUUUUACUGUUUUUCAAUGCUUUAAUAUAUAUUAAUUUAUAUUUGUCCCAGUAUUUUUGUAUUUUUUUUUAAAAGAAAAGGACUUAAAAAUCAGGAUUUUUUGCAAUAGAACUAACGUAGCAUGUCGUCUUGGGGUAAAUGUUUUUGGUCUGUUCCUCCCGUUCCCUUUCCCCUUUUCUUUUCCUUAGAAUCUGACCACUUGGUGUCACUGAAUCUGAAAGUGAUGACAAUCUGCAGUUUUCACGUACAGCAGAUAUUCAGGACACCUUCCACAACCCUGUAAUGUGUGACAGAAAAUGUCUUUUACACUAGGUGGCAAUUGUAGAGAAAUUAAUUUUCCCUAUAUACAGUACUUACAGAAAAUGAGAUGGCAUGUAGAAAAUGACAUUAGAAGGUAGAUCUUUAUAAAUUAAUAUUCCCAUGGAACCCUUUACCUUUUUUUUUUUUUUUUUUUAAAUAAAGAAAAAAAGAAAAAAGGCUGUGCUAUCAAGAACUGUGAUUUUCCCCAAAUAAUAAAGCUACUUUACUGCCCUAAUGUUCCCCACGUUAACAUGUUGCUGCUAAAUUAUAAUGUAGAAUUGGUAAUCAUUAAUAGUGGGUUGUGUUCUUCUUUCAGUAAAACCCAGGGUACCCUGUAAAAAUGCAGAUGUUUUUCAAUUUUAUUUUAUUAUUUUUUUUACAAAAAAAAAAAAAAAAGUUAGGUGUACAUGUGUAAUGCAGUGUGCUUUGUCUUAUUUGGACUGAUAUCAGUAAUGCUACUGAUGUUUGUAAAUUAAACAGAUAUCUACUUCACUAACUGCUUUUAUUUGUAUUCUUCUAAAAAGUUCAAAUUGUCUAACAGCCUUUAAUUAAACACUUGUAGUUGCAAACAGUAUUUGGUAUAAAGACAAAAAAAAAAGAAUUAAACCCAACUAGUUCUAGUGUAUUCAUUGCUGCAAGUCUGAAGGAGUCACAUUGUAAUUAUUGCACCUACAGGCAGGGACAUCUGAGAAUGUCAGUUCCUUAUACACACAGCAGAACUCAUAGCAAAAUUAACUAAAGACUUAUUUAUAAGUGAAAUGCACUGGGUGUAAAGGCACAUCAAGUCUAUGCUGGUAUUUUAAUGAUUAUAAAAUUGGCAACUUGGCAGUGUUAAGUAACUUGAUUCUUCAGAAAGCUUUAUUUUCACUAAUUUUGAGCUAAGCAUUUUAAAUUUCAGCUAUUAGAUGGAUUGGAUAGUAUACUUUAAAAGGUUUCAUUUCUGUAAUGUAAUUUUUGCAUACACUGCUGUAUAUUUAUUUUUCUUAGUCUACCUUAGAAACUGUCUAAAUAUCAAAUGAAACUGCCUUUGACGUGAAGCCUUCUUUUUUGUUCCUGUGACUUCUAGUUAAUCUUCCUUAAGUACUCAAAGCUUGCAGGAAAAAGUCUUUUUGCAAAGUACUACUUAGAUAGUAUUCUUGGAGAAGCAGUAUAACUUCUCUGUGUACAACCAAAAUGCUUGUACCAAGUGCUUGACUGCUUUCUGUCUUACUGACAGAGGAAGAGGAGCAAUGUUAUUCAAGCUGUGCUAGCAGAUACAAUGAUCCAAAGUGCAUCAAGGCUGGGAUUUUGUGUGUGUGUUCUAAGCAGAAGCAAAAACUAACAAACAAAAAAACUUUAAGAUUUAAUUUCAAAUCAAACAAAAAAAAAUUGCACCUACAAGUACCUUUCUGGAAGAUACAAGGCACUGCAUCCAACUGUGACUUAGAAACUGGAACAUCCCUAUAUUUUCACCAAUGAAACUCCUUAAGCACCUACAAAGCGUGCCACUGUUUAUGAUGUAGCACAGCUCUGUCAUUUCUCAGUGGAAUGGGUCAUCCUGACACAUUUAUCAUCCCUCAGUUGGAUUUCCUGUAACGUGGCUGUAAUAGUAGACCGUCAUGUACAGAUAUACCUUGAAGGUGAGCUGG